AGCAGAAUGGUAAUUAUUCACAGAAGAAAGCAGGUAGUAUUCUGUUACAAUACUACAGUAGAAAGUCAGAAGGUCACAACUCUAGCAGGGUAACUGAAACAACUUGAAACUGUUUGGCGCCCUUUAAAAAGAAAUAAUAAGAUGGGAGAGAAUGAAGCAAGUUUACCUAACACAUCCUUGCAAGGUAAAAAGAUGGCCUAUCAAAAGGUCAAUGCAGAUCAAAGAGCUCCAGGACAUUCACAGUACUUAGACAAUGAUGACCUUCAAGCCACUGCCCUUGACUUAGAGUGGGACAUGGAAAAGGAACUGGAAGAGCCUGGUUUUGACCAGUUCCAGCUAGAUAGUGCUGAGAAUCAGAACCUGGAGAACUCAGAGACUGCAGACCUCAAUCUUGAUUCCAUUCAACCAUCAACUUCACCCAAAGGGAGGUUCCAGCGACUUCAAGAAGAGACUGACUAUGCUACCCGUUAUACAAGAUCUGCACCAAAGAGCAACCAUGGCAACUUUUGCCGCCUUUUAAAAGUACUUUGUACAGCCAUCAUUUUAUUUAUUUUUGGAAUUUUGAUAGGCUAUUAUGCACAUAAGAAUUGUCCUCCAAAUGUUCCUUCUUCAGAAACACUUGAUCAUCAGUUAUACCAAGAGAUUCUCAAGACAAUUCAAGCAGAAGAUAUUAAGAAAACUUUCAGAAACUUGGUACAACUGUACAGAAGUGAAGAUGACGCAGAAAUUUCAACGGCAAUUAAGACUCAGUGGACUUCUUUGGGCCUUGAAGAUGUGCAGUUUGUAAAUUACUCCGUGCUGCUUAAUCUGCCGGGCCCUUUUCCCAGCUCUGUGACUCUGAGCCGCAGUGGCCAAUGCUUUCAUCCUAAUGGCCAGCCUUGCAGUGAAGACGCCAGAACACAGAGCAGCCAAGAUCUGCUCUACUCAUAUGCAGCCUAUUCUGCCAAAGGAACCCUCAAGGCUACAGUCAUUGAUGUGAGUUAUGGAAAUAUAGAUGAUUUAAAAAGGAUUAAAAAUACGAGAAAUGUAACAAACCAGAUUGCACUCCUGAAAUUAGGAAAAUUGCCACUACUCUAUAAGCUUUCCUUAUUGGAAAAGGCUGGAUUUGGAGGUGUCCUUCUGUAUGUUGAUCCUUGUGACUUACCAAGCACUGCAAAUCUUAACUAUGACACAUUCAUGGUGUCAUUGAAUCCAGGAGGAGAUCCUUCUACACCUGGUUAUCCAAGUGUUGUUGGAAGCUUGAGGCAAAACCGAUCGAACCUCACCUCCCUACUAGUGCAGCCUGUCUCAGCGGCACUCGUUGCAAAACUGAUCUCUUCAUCGAAAGAUGGAACCAAACAUGGUGCCUGUACCCCUCUAGGACUUACACAUAAUGAAGAAAUAAUUGUCAACAUGCAAGUUCGGACAGUCACAGAAUUCAAAACAGUUACUAAUGUUGUUGGAUAUUUAAAGGGCUUGACUUCUCCAGACCGGUAUAUCAUAGUUGGCAGCCACCAUCACACAGCAUCCAUUUAUAGUGGACAAGAAUGGGCCAGUGGCACUGCCGUAAUUACAGCGUUGAUCCAGGCCUUGAUGUUCAGAGUUAAGAGAGGGUGGAGACCAGACCGCAGCAUUGUUUUCUGUUCCUGGGGAGGAACAGUUUUUGGCAAUAUUGGCUCAUAUGAAUGGGGAGAGGAUCUCAAGAAGGUUCUGCAGAGAAAUGUUGUUGCUUAUGUAAGUCUCCAUAGUCCCGUAAGGGGUAACUCAAGUCUACACUCUGUAGCUUCACCAUCUCUUCAGCAACUCGUAGCAGAGAAAAAUAAACUCAACUGUUCCAGAAGAACUCAGUGCCCAGAAACCAAUGUCAGUUCUGUACAGAUACAAGGUGAUGCAGAUUAUUUCAUCAACCAUCUUGGAGUUCCCACUGUGCAGUUUGCUUACGAGGACAUCAAGACAUUACAGGAUCCAAGUUUUCUCUCAGAGGCUCUUUUCCCUAAAAGUGCAAAGAAAAUUGAAGAAAUGGAUCCUCUUUUUAAACUUCAUGAAACCAUUACCAAGCUCUCAGGAGAAGUGAUUUUACAAAUUGCCAAUGAACCAGUUCUGCCCUUUAAUGCUCUCGAUAUAGCUUUAGAAGUUCAAAACAACCUUAAAGGUGAUCAGCCCAGCACUCACCAACUGCUAGCCCUGGCUUCACACCUGCGGGAAAGUGCUGAACUCUUCCAGUCAGAUGAGAUGCGUCCUGCUAAUGAUCCAAAGGAAAGAAUUCCUCUGCGUGUCCGAAUGCUGAAUGACAUUCUCCAAGAUAUGGAAAAGAGCUUCCUGGUUCAGCAAGUGCCACCAGGUUUUUAUAGGUAG